AACUGAUCUUGCAAAGAAUUGAUUGUCAUUGCUCAGUGACAGAAGGGAAAUGGCAGGCAAGAAGAAAGAAAUCCAGCUCCAGACCGUAAUAACCACUCAAGACCAGUGGGAUGAAAUGCUGCAGAUAAAGGGUAUAGUAGUAAUAGAUGUGUAUCGAGCUUGGUGUGGUCCUUGCAAAGCUGUGAUGAAUUUAUUCAGAAAACUAAGGAUUGACUUUAGUGAUGACAAUAUGCUGCAUUUUGCUGUGGCAGAAGCUGAUGGCAUUGAGACUCUGAAACCAUUUAGGAGGAGCUGUGAACCUGUGUUUCUUUUUUGCGUUCAUGGUAAAAUUCUUGCCAUGGUGAAAGGUGUAAAUGCUCCUCUCAUCAUUAAGACAGUAACAGAGCUAGUACAAGAAGAGAGGGAAAUUGCAGCUGGAGAAAAGGAACGUGCUGAGGUAGAAGAACUCAUUUUUCCAGAAGAUGGUUCAUCAGAAGGGUCUGCUGAGGAGGCUGUAGAGGAGGAAGUACUCACUUAUUCUGUUGGAAUUAUAAAACCUGAUGAUGUCUUAGCAGGACGUGUAGAAGAAAUUAAGAAAAAGAUUAGAGAUGCAGGAUUUGACAUUAAAGCAGCAGAGGAGAGAAUGCUUACAGAAGAGCAAAUCAGAGUAUUUUAUGCCCGGAAUAAAGAUGAGCCUGACUUUGACGCAUUUGUUAAAUUCAUGAUGAGUGGACCAUGCCAUGUUUUGAUAAUCAGUAAACUAGAAGCAACUGAUGCUAUUCCUCAAUGGAAAGAACUACACAAAACAAGUGAGUCUGGUGAGCCUGAGGAGCCAGCCAAGGUGCCAGCAGUCCCAGAAACUGAGAGUCUGGUAAAUUUAUGUGAUGUGCAGGACAGUGUUGAAGAUGCCAGCAGACAACUUGCCUUCUUUUUCCCAAAUUUUCAUAUAAAUGCAGAACAUGCUGAAAGGACUUUGGCCAUAAUUAGACCUACUCUCCUGAAGGAAAGGCGAGAUUCCAUCAUGCAAAGGAUAAAGGACGAUGGUUUCCAAAUAGCAAUGCAGAAGGAAAUAAUUCUGUCUGAGGAACAAGUACGUACAUUUUACAGCGAGCAUGUAGAUCAAGACUACUUCCCAGCCCUUCUAGAGCAAAUGACCAGUGGUCCAACUCUUGUAUUGGCUCUAACACGAGAAAAUGCUGUAUCACACUGGAGGAAUUUACUUGGUCCAAAGACUCUUGAAAAGGCUAAGGAAAAUCCAGAGAGUUUGCGUGCACAGUAUGCAUUUGAAAACAUACCUAUCAAUCAGCUGCAUGGCAGCUCUACACUCAGUGAUGCUCAGAAGGAACUAGAGUUCUUCUUCCCUGAGGAACAAACCCUUGCAUUAAUCAAACCUGAAGCUGCUAAGACUCAUAAAGAUGAAAUUAUGAAUAAAGUUAAAGAGGCUGGAUUUAACAUCUCAAAGAUAAAAGAACAAGCUUUAACUCGUGAAAUGGCUGCACAGAUUUACAAGGAUCACCAAGGAAAACCCUUUUUUGAGGAGUUGGUGAACUGUAUGACAGAGGGUCCAUCAGUGAUAAUGGUCUUAUCAAAGGAAAAUGCUGUGGAAGAGUGGAGGAACCUAAUGGGCCCAGCUGAUCCAGAAGAGGCAAAGAAGACCUGUCCUGAAUCAAUUCGGGCUCAGUUUGCACAUGAUAUUUUGUCUAAUGCUGUUCAUGGAUCAUCUAAUGUAGAACACGCAGAGAGAAGCAUUCAUUUUGCAUUUGGAGAGCUGGAUGCAGACUAAACAAUUAAGAUACAGUCUAUGAAAAUUUAUAUUCACAUAAUUAGAUGUAUUUGUCUACCUAAACACUAUUUUUAAGACUAGAUGACUACUACUUACUUUUUCUUCACACUUCAUCCAAUUUUAGUAGGGCACUUUUGUUAUCAGCUCUUCCAUAUUGCAAAACUUAUCAAUGUAACAAGUAAUGCCUGCUAGGAGUUUGACAUCAGUAAUGGCUUCUUUUUGUAUGCUCAGUAGAUGCUUUUUCUUUUACCAUUUUAACAGAUUUAUGCCUUUCCAAUGGUUCCAGGAUUCUAAAGUGUUUUGUGUAUAGCUACUUUUAAAAGAAUAAGGAAGAACAAGGGUCAAGGAAGGUGACUAAAACACUAUUAAUGGCACAUCCUCUGUGAUGUAGAUCAAGUCCUGCAGUUCCAAAUGUGAGCCAAAUGGGGCUCCUGGGCCCACUGGCCAACUGUAAAUGUGUACAUCCCUGGUGAGACCACUCUGGGCUAUUAAGGUCUGUUGGCUCUGUCAGGGCCCUGAAAAACAUUUGCAUUGUUUAUUUAUCCUUUUCCUAAAUAUCUUCUAAUGAUUACUGUCACAAGUAGGAUAAUAAACUAAAGGGUCCUUUCCAGUCCAUUUACUCAAUUCAAAUAUAUCAGAGGAAGUAAAAUAUAAAACAAGCUCUUACAUAACAUCUAGUCUCAACAUGUACCUCCUUGCCAAACUAGCGAGUUCAUAUCCUGUACAGUCUAAGUUGGCUGGCCUUCAUGAAGAGCACAAAUAUUAUUCUGUAGCUGAUGUAUUCUCACUUUUUGAGCCUGUUGAAGGUUGAGAUUUUAAAGAAUGGGAUUCACUUAAAGUAAUUUAGUUACAUUGUUGAUUUUAAGUGUGAAGUCUAGAAAGAAUGAAAUCCGUCUCAUUCUUUAUUGUUCCUAAUGUAUUUACUACAACUAGCUGCAAUAAAGAACUUCCUGACAAAUA